UUGUACACAAACAGUCAGUAAAGUGGUGCAUUCAGUGACGCUAGGACGGGGGCGCCCGCAAUGACCUAAUGAACACCUGAUCAUCAUGGAUACCGCGGCGCGAUCACAAUCCACACGAUCUUAACAUGCAUAAAUUCAGAAACGGUUCAUUGCUGCCAAUAUUGCUGCUGGCGACAGUAUGGGGUAGCCACGCUUUCGGGGCAGUGUCACCGAUUGAGGAUCCAGGUUGGAUACCUAUCGAGCCGAGUGCGAAUAGCGCAGAUGUGUCACCAAAAUUUGGUUACCGAAUUUCAAAACUUCGGAGCGCCAGACUGCACGCUCUUCAUAGACAAGCAAAAUCCACGACCACAACCCCUGCCCCAAGCACCACGACCUUGUCAAUAUUGACCACAACAUCAGAGACCCUGGUUCCAAAGACAAGGAAACCUCAUUCAGAAAAAUCAAACGCUUCGUCUCAACCAAAACAGCAACAACGGCCCCCGCGUCAGCAGCCCUUUUUGGUCUAUACAACAAGCACCACAACUCCUGUGCCAGAUGAUGAAGAAACCAAAAGUUUAUCCCAGCAGGUCAAAGAUGGGAAAUACGGCCUGAUUCAAAACGAAUUAUUCUCCGCUCAGCCCUCGCGGCCUGGAAUCAUAAGCUACGUUGAUAACAAUGAAGUUCCAAAAGACAAUAGCGGAAAUCUCGGAGGACUUAAUCAAGAGGAAAUUUGGCUCUCCGAAGGUCACGUUCUUGUGCUUUCAGGGCACGAUAGCAAAGACGAUGGAGCCUGGGAGCCUAUAGAUAAUUAUCAAGCACCGCCAAGACAAGUUAAGCUUCCUGCUAACCCGUCAGUGGCGCCACCCUUCCCAGUACAACUUCGCGAUGGCGGACCGACAGGAUUUGUUGCUACAAAAAAUGGCACCAACCCUGCGCUGCAAAGGUUUGCACAACAACAGGGAAACUUGUUCCUGGGGAACGGAAUCUUCCCACAACAGCCGUUCCCCCCUUCAUUCCUCCCACCGCCACCACCGCUAGAUCCAAACAAGCCAUUGGACGAGGACGACCCGUCCAUCUAUUACCCGCCGCCUUACGACUUCUCCUUUCACGGAGACAACUCGACUGAACUUCCACCUGGGCCUCUAGUUCCGGGAAUCAUCCUUCCACCCCCGCCAGAGUUCUUUGCACCUCUAAACAAAACUUCAAAACCAAACUUUGUUGUGCCAGGCCAAGCAGAACCUCCAGACCUUGGAUCCAUACCACACCGUCCUUUCAGACCAAGGCCUACACCCUCAAGACCAUCUUUUGCACAAUAUCCGCUUUCUGUAACUACAAAACCACCUCCAACCACAACUACCACUACUUCUGAACCUAAUGUAGACAACGAAAUUUACGCGCCAGAGUAUCCUCAGAAGGAACCGAAUGUUAUACUUCACCACCAUGGAAGUCCUAUAUUAUAUUCACCGGACCCAAUUUACUUAAGAAACAUAACUUUUGUCUCUCCUCCUCAACAAGUUUUUGUUUACGAAGUACCACCAGCAGCUCCUUCUCUCAGGAAGCUUCCCAAGCAAAACACAUUCGUCAGCUCAACACCGUCACCCACUAUCUUAUACUAUACCCUGCCACCAGACAGAGGCGUUCAAAUCUCAGUGCACACCACAGCUUCUACAGUUGAGGACAGACGGCCAAAAUAUUACGAAACAACUCCCGCCCCGAAAGUGGUCAGCCGCGAGUUCUUCAACGCUGAGAGACAAAAAACAAAUUACAUCACGUCAACUCCGAAACCGUUUGUUUCAACUGAGAGGCCAAGAGUUGUAUCUCAAGAGUAUUUCCCUACCAACAAACCAAUUCCUUCAACCACCCCCGCUUAUCUCGUAACUCAAACCCCCAAAUACAACAUUGGUCCUGUGUACGUUGAAGAUUCAUUCCAACCCUCAUACGAAUAUCCAUAUAAACUAAGGAGUACCACCCCUGCUCCACAAACACAGUACAGAGACAGGCCUAAAGAUGAUUAUGGGCCACCCAACUUUGUGAGCGGCCCUCGCAUUAAUCAGCAGACCCUGGACUUAAUCAGUCUCCUCAAGUCCGAUUUGUACAUACAGAGAAGGCCCGUGAUCCCAACGGUGGCGCCGCCAUACAACCCCCAUCGCGACUACUUCCCUAACAGACAGUUCUACAGGCAACCAAGUAAAGAUGUAAGGUCAACAACGCAGAAUCCAAUCUUCAAUGGGUUGUACACGCAAGACGAUGCUAAGUACAUGGAUGACAACACAAAGAGCCUAUUUGAUGAUUUUGGUCAACGUGUGCCGUCGACAACUCCUAUUCCACUCCAGUCAGCCGGCCAAGUGCAGCUGCACGACGACAUCAGAGUCAACUACAGACAACCUCUGCCAGCCAUCAACCCUGACAGCGAGUUUAUCAAUCUGCGCGACCAGUCGUACGUGUCAUACCAGUUGCCAGGGCAGGGCCGUCGAGGGUCCAGCCACUAUUAUUACAUUUCGCCCAGGGCACCCAGGGGAACGUCUGAGCAUUCCAAGAAGAGCAGUUCGCCUAAAUAAAGCAGCAGUGAGUUUCCUGAUAGACAAAAUUAUUGAUAAAGAGUGUAUUUAAAUGUGAACCAACACAGAUAUUUAUGAGAAAAGGUGAGAACCCGAGAAGUUCAUUGAAAGAAAAACGGGUUUUAUUCUCGUUAUAAAGAUGGUUUUUAAAUGACGAUCACGGUCUACGAGCCUAUUUCUUAAGCAAAUUUUGCCGAAAUUGAGAUUUUCAUUUAUUGAAAACAAAUUCAUGACAUAAACUAUAGCGAUUAAUUUUCAAACAAAAUAAUUAGAUUGCAAAUUUGAUUAUUAUUUUUGCCCAUGAAAUAGGGAUUGUAGACCAUACACAAAACUAAAUAAUCUUUAAAAAUAAUAAUUUUGCAAAAUUCAGCCCGUUUUUCAUUUCAAGCAUAUUUAUUACUUUUAAGGCAAUAUAUAAUUAAUUAUAUUUGAUGCGCUUUUGAAGUAAAAAUAAUUUUUAUAUUAAACGCCCAUAAACGCCUUUACAUACAACUGGGGUGCUAAAGUCAAAAUCCUGCGCUUUAAUUUGCAAGAGUAUGUUUUGUGUCGGCAAUAAAAACAAGGACAAAUCAAUUGUUGAUUGCUGCUUUAUAGCUGGUUGUGAGAAUUUUGACGAAUAAAAGUAGUAAAAGCAAA